AUGGCCGGCGUCAUGGAUCCGCCCGCUCUGGAGCUCGACCACGCCAUGUCUAUGAUGUCACCGGCUGCGGCGUCUCUCGAGCCCAGCCUGUCGCCGUUCGCGCCGGCCAUGGAGGACGCCGAGGGGGCCCCUUUCGGCCACGCGCACAGCUUCCUGCUCCACCAGCAACAGCACCACCCCCAGCCACACGCGACCUUCUUUGGCGCGCACCCGCGCGCCGGCGCUGAAGCUGCCUGCUUUCCAGGGCCACCACCCGCGGCCGGGACGCCACUCCUCCGCUUUGCCUUCUACUUCAAGGAGGCUUUGCGCCUUGCGCUCUCCCCCAAUGGAGAGACGCCCGACGGGCUCCUCGGCGCAGGCUGCAUCCACGUGCUCGACUUCGACAUCGGCAUGGGCGAGCAGUGGGCGUCGCUGAUGCAGGAGCUCGCGCAGCGUCGCCCAGCAACGACGCUCAAGGUCACGUCAUUGGUCUCGUCGGCGUCGCACCACCCGCUCGAGCUGCAGCUCAUCCACGAGAACCUAUCCAGCUUCGCCGCGGCCGGGGCUGGGUGUGGCNNCGGGCACGCUGGGCUGAGCUGGACCUCGCACCGGAGCUCGCGGACGCGGCCUGCAGGCGGGUGCGAUGUGGCGCGGAGGCAGCGGAGAUUUUUGGGGUUGGUCGCCGCGGUGGGCACCUCGAACCGAAGCCGGACGCUCGUGUCCUUUUUGACACCUAUCGCCACCCCAAACGGAUGA